UAGAGGAUCAUCUUCUGGGUCCUCAAGAGGAUUUUCAGGAAGAAGCUUUGGCGGAGGAGGAUCCAGAAGUGGUUAUGGAGGAGGCGGUUUCAGCAGUAGUAGCAGUGGAAGAAUAAGCAGAGGAGGAAUAUGCUACGGAGGUAGCAGCUGUGGGGGUUAUGGUGGUGGAGGUUAUGGCAUGGGAGGUGGUAGCAUGGGAGGCGGUAGUUAUGGUGGAGGAGGCUUUGGUGGUGGAGGAGGCUUUGGUGGUGGAAGAGGCUUUGGUGGUGGAGGAGGCUUUGGUGGUGGAAGAGGCUUUGGUGGUGGAGGAGGCUUUGGUGGUGGCAGCAGCGGCGGUGGCGGUGGUGGCUAUCGCAGUAGUGGCUCAUUCAGUAGUGGCAGUUUUGGAUUUGGGAGUGAAGGUGGUCUCUUCUCUAACAAUGAAAAGUCAACCAUGCAACAACUUAAUGACCGCCUGGCUAAUUACAUUGAUAAAGUGAAAUGCCUGGAAGAAGAAAAUGAUCAACUUGAGAUCUUAAUCAGAGAAUGGUACCAGAAGCAUGGAGGUAGCGAAUCACCAAGGGACUAUAGCUGCUAUUACCAAGAAAUUGACCAACUCUACAGUGAGCUUGUUGCUGAAACAGAUGAUUAUAACAAAAUCCUGCUGAAUAUUGAUAACACCAGGAUGACUGCUGAAGAUUUUAAGAUGAAGUAUCAGACUGAAUGUGGUCUCCGUCAGAAUGUGGAGGCUGACCUCAAUGGGCUGCGCCCCCUCUUGGAUCAGUUGACUCUUGCCAAGUCUGAUCUGGAGAUGCAGUUUGAGAAUCUUAAAGAGGAACUGAUCUGCCUCAAGAAGAACCAUGAGGAGGCAAUCAGAGGAAUGCAUCAUAAAUCUGGUGGUGAUGUCAAUGUGGAGGUGAAUUCUGCUCCUGGACCGGAUCUGAAACAACGUCUUGAUCAACUCCGGUGUGAAUAUGAAAACAUCAUUGCGCAAAACCGUAGAGAGGUGGAAACCUGGUAUGAAAGCAAGAUGGAGGAGGUCCGCCAGCAGGUCUCUUCAAGUGGCCAAGAAAUUGAUUCCGGCAACCACCAAGUUUCGGAACUGAGGCGAGAAUAUCAGACACUGGAGAUUGAGCUUCAAUCCCAACUCAGCAUGAUCCAGUCGAUGCAAAGCAAUCUGGAGGAUACUGAACGCCGGUAUAACAUGCAGCUGCAACAGAUUCAGUGCCUAAUUGAGCCAAUAGAAAGAGAACUGGCCAGUAUCAAAUGUGAAAUCGAGAGCCAGAAUCAGGAAUACCAACUGCUUCUUGGUAUCAAAACCCGUUUGGAACAGGAGAUUUGCCAAUACCGUCGACUGCUUGAGGAAGGACAGCAAGAAAUUGGUUCGGGAGGAUACGGAAUGUCUGGAGGAGGAGGAGGAGGAUAUGGAGGUGGAAGCGGCGGCAGAAUUGGCGGAGGAAGCAUGGGCGGCGGAAGCAUGGGCGGCGGAAGCAUGGGUGGCGGAAGCAUGGGCGGUGGAAGCAUGGGUGGCGGAAGCAUGGGAGGAGGAGGAGGCCGAAUUGGUGGAGGAAGCAUCGGAGGAGGAAGCAUCGGAGGUGGAGGAGGUGGCGGUUCAUGUGGCCAAAUCGGCGGAGGCAGCAUUGGUGGAGGCGGAGGCGGAGGUGGAGGCGGAGGUGGA